UGAUAGAUGAAAAGGAUUCUCUUGCUCCCCUCACCUUUCUCUCGAAACAGAGCAACAGGGCCUGAAACCAGAGAAAAUUGAAGGCUUGAAGCUAUGGCCAUGGCGAGCUUUGCUAGGAGAAAGGCUCUUCCCCUCUCAAAGAACAUCUGCAACUCCUCAGAUGCUUUGAGGUAUUCUCUGUGUUUGUCUUCCUUUUCCAGGAGUUUCUCUUCCUCUGGAUCCGAAGAGAACGACGUAGUUGUGCUCGGGGGUGGCCCUGGUGGCUACGUCGCUGCUAUUAAAGCCGCUCAGUUAGGUCUCAAGACAACCUGUAUCGAGAAGCGUGGGACUCUCGGUGGGACUUGUCUUAACGUCGGUUGCAUCCCUUCCAAGGCACUUCUUCAUUCCUCCCACAUGUACCACGAAGCAAAGCAUUCGCUUCCAAGUCAUGGUGUGAAGUUCUCUUCUGUUGAGGUUGAUCUGCCUUCCAUGAUGGCCCAGAAAGAUAAAGCUGUUUCUAACCUGACGAGGGGUAUUGAAGGGCUCUUUAAAAAAAAUAAGGUAAACUAUGUCAAAGGCUAUGGCAAGUUGAUCGCCCCUUCUGAAGUUUCUGUCGACACGCUUGAUGGUGAGACAACUGUUGUCAAAGGAAAGAACAUCAUAAUUGCAACUGGCUCUGAUGUCAAGUCCCUCCCGGGAGUCACCAUUGAUGAGAAGAAGAUUGUAUCGUCAACUGGAGCUCUAGCUUUGUCAGAGAUCCCCAAGAAACUUGUUGUCAUUGGAGCAGGUUACAUUGGUCUCGAGAUGGGCUCAGUUUGGGGGCGGAUUGGGUCUGAAGUUACUGUUGUUGAAUUCGCUUCAGACAUCGUACCAACGAUGGAUGGUGAGGUCAGAAAACAAUUUCAACGUGCCCUUGAGAAGCAAGGCAUGAAGUUCAUGCUUAGGACCAAGGUGGUUCAGGUUGACACUUCUGGGGAUGGUGUGAAGUUGACUCUGGAACCAGCAGCUGGUGGUGAGCAACGUACUCUUGAAGCUGAUGUUGUUCUUGUUUCUGCUGGUAGAGUUCCAUUCACAGCUGGGCUUGGGCUGGACAAGAUUGGUAUCAAUACUGAUAAGAUGGGCCGAAUAACAGUCGAUAAGCGGUUUGCCACUAAUGUUCCAGGUGUCUUUGCCAUUGGGGAUGUUAUUCCAGGGCCCAUGCUCGCCCACAAGGCAGAAGAGGAUGGGGUAGCAUGUGUGGAAUUUAUAGCAGGUAAGGAAGGCCAUGUAGACUAUGAUCUGGUACCUGGGGUGGUGUACACACAUCCAGAGGUCGCAUCUGUUGGGAAGACUGAGGAGCAGGUGAAGGAGCUUGGGGUUGGGUACCGUGUGGGCAAGUUCCCUUUCCUUGCAAACAGCAGGGCCAAGGCUAUUGAUGAUGCUGAAGGGGUGGUAAAGGUACUUGCAGAGAAGGAGACGGACAAGAUAUUGGGGGUUCACAUCAUGUCACCCAAUGCUGGUGAGCUUAUCCAUGAGGCAGUUCUUGCCAUGAACUAUGGGGCAUCAAGUGAGGACAUUGCACGUACAUGCCAUGCUCAUCCAACAAUGAGCGAGGCCUUGAAGGAAGCUUGCAUGGCGACUUAUGAUAAGCCUAUUCACAUGUAGAAGUGGAGCAGCUACUUGCUUCUCUUAUUUCUCUUUCCCCCUAUUUUUGUUUAGAUUUUUGGCAUAUUGUCUUAGCGAAGGCAUUGUUUCUUUGAUUUGUCGAGUCAGAUGAAAUCUCUGAAUACAGAAUGCUUUGUAAACAGUGUGAUAAAACAUGGAAUUCUUAACUUUGAUCAAAUCAAUGGCCAUUGGUCUAAUAUCCAAGUAUAUGUACCAUGUCCAUUUUUGGAGGAACUCCAUAUGCAGGACCUGAAGAAAUAGGUGAGUUUGCUUUC